AUGUGGGGUACUGAAAUUACUGCCCCACCCCUCCAGAGUCCAGACUAGAGCAGAUAAACCUUAAAAUUGUUUCUGGGUUUUCUUUGUUUUUUUGCCUGCAAAAGAAAUCUUGAAACUUUGCAUAUAUGGUAGUACAAAAGCUCUGAAAAAAGGGUGUUCUAAUUAUUAGGCCAUAUCUCAGCUUUGAGGUGAUAUUUCAGGUGUGGAAAAAGCCAACUAAAAGGAGAGAAAAUCAAGUAAACAUGGCUAACAACCGCCAAAGUGCUCACCAAUUGGACUACAUGGAGGAGGAUGGGGAGGAUGAAGCAGAUUCCGUGGCUGAAAUGCAAGGGGAAGCCCAAAAUGAUGAUACACAAGAUGUAAACCUUGAUGAAUAUGAUAUGCUUACAAAAGUUACUGAUACCUCGGCUUCACAAGCGAGGAAUGGGAAGGAUAUACAGGGAAUUCCUUGGGAUAGGUUAAAUAUUACAAGAGAGGAUUAUAGAAGGACAAGGAUUCUGCAGUAUCAGAAUUAUGAAAAUGUGCCUGCAUCUGGUGAAACUGUUGAUAAGCAAUGCACGCCAAUUGAGAAAGGUGGUGAGUACUAUGAGUUUUUCUACAACACAAGAUUGGUGAAGCCUACCAUCCUUCAUUUUCAG